AUGUCUACCACGUCCAGCACGCCCGACCUCUUCCGCGAAGUUUUCCCCGACUUCCGGGCUGAGAAAGCGUCGACUGUUUGUGUCGACAUUGGUAUUAGUACUGUGGGUGUGCUCGAGGCGGCCCUGGAGGACAAGGAGCUGACCGACGAACUAUUGAGAAGGUGUGCAUAUGGGGGACUCGACCGAGAGUCCGAAACAACCACUAUGACGGAGGUAGCCGAUGCGAAGUCUGCCAGCUCAUCCACCAAAAGUCCCGGUACUGCCAGCGAAGUCGUCGGUUCCAACAAAAACUAUGGUGGUGGUGGUGGUGUCGUCGUGGUCGAGAUCUUCUCGAAGCUGAGGAAGGCACGGUUGCUUAUCUGA